AUGAUGAAUGAGCAACCAUUGAUGGAGGUGAGGGAAGAUUUCAUGAUCUCACCAACUGGUCACAGUGAAGCAACUCUUAGAAUGGCUCAUUUUCUAAAACCCAUUUCAAAUUCCAUUCAUGAACCAUCACCUUUUGGUUUUAACCCAUCAUCAUUGUCUUAUGUGUUUGAUCCAAAUGAGUGGCCUUUGAAAUUCCAUUUCAAUGGAUGGCGUUACCCACAAGAGAAAUGGAUUUAUUGGGUUGAUCAACUUAAACCAAAGUAUGAAUCUUUGUGGAAGAAAGUAGGUAUCUUUGAUGCUAUAAUGAGUACCAAGUGCCGCAUAAUGAAAGAUCAAAACUUGCUAUAUGGGGUUGUUGAGAAAUGGUGUUGUAAGACGAAUACAUUUGUGUUUCCGUUUGGUGAGGCGACGAUUAGUUUGGAGGAUGUUAUGGUUUUGGGGGGUUAUCCUGUCAUCGGUGAUCCUAUUUUCAUAGAUGUUAAAGGCCGGGAAAUGAGAGAGGUGGAAGAGAAGUUGAUUCUUGCUAGACAGAAACUUGGGGAGAGUAACAGGUGUCACGCUACCGCGUCAAAAUGGAUGGAUUUUUUCAUCGACAAAGGUAGUGAAAUUGAGCAUGAAGCGUUCAUUGCUACGUGGUUGUCAAUCUUUGUUUUAACUCAUAAAUCUUUGGUGAAAAGUUCUUUGUUUUCUAUUGCUAUUCAUCUUGCUAGAGGAAAUUCUAUUGCUUUGGCACCAGCUGUUUUAGCUAGUAUUUAUAACGAUUUAAGUUUGUUUAAGAAAACAAUAGUUAAUUUGUCAAAAUUAUCUGUUGGUGGUGAUAGAUAUCCUUUAGAAGUUACUCUUCAAUCACCCUUUUACUUGGUUCAAAUUUGGGUGUGGGAGAGGUUCCAAAAUUUACAGCCAGAACCCAUGUUGAUCAAUCACGGAGACCCUUUAUUGUUUAGGUGA